AUGGGCUGGUCGGUGAUAGGGGUUACCCAGAUUAACCUGCAUCACAGCAAAGGAGCCUCGGCGGUUCUAGCCAGGAGCCAGUCUGUGAUGCACACAGCCAUUUCCUUGAUACAAGAACCAUGGGUUGUCCGUGGAUGUGUCAGGGGGGUGGCAGCAUGUGGGAAGCUUUUUAAAGCUCCCACCGAACAGAGGCCUAGGGCGUGCAUAACGGUCAAGGGGCUAGAUGCACGGCUCCUGCCGGAAGUAUGUUCCAGGGACCUGACGGCAGUGGAGGGGACAGCGGUUAGUAGCGCUGGGGAUGCCAGGAAGCUCGUCAUCUGCUCGGCCUACUUCCCGCACGGAGAAGAAGUGCCGUCGCUGGAGUUAACCAGAUUGGUGGAUCUCUGCCAGAAGGAGGGACUGCCAUUGCUGAUAGGAUGCGACGCUAACGCGCAUCAUACCAUAUGGGGAAGCACUGGAACGAACGAAAUGGGUAGGAGGUUGCUGGAAUACCUGGUAACUAUUGACCUGGAAGUUCUGAACAGAGGUAACAAACCCACCUUUUGCACGGCGGGGAGGAGUGAGGUGCUAGAUCUCACUCUCUGCUCGCGUGGAUUCGUGCGAAAGGUGAGGGAAUGGAAGGUGUCGGAUGAGCCCUCGCUCUCCGACCGCAGGCAAAUAACCUUUAAACUUUCAGAUCUCAAAGUGGAGGUUAAGAAGGUGAGGAAUCCAAAGAGGACGGACUGGGUAUCCUAUCACAGAGACCUGAGAAUCAACCUCAGGGACUUUCCCAAGAAGUACGGCACGGCGGAGGAGUUAGAGCUCUGUGUGGAUUAUCUGCAGAGGGCUCUGAUUGGCUCUUACGAAGCAAACUGCCCGGCCAGCACGGUGACAAACAACAGGGGAACUCCCUGA